UGACCUUUUUUCUUUGUUUUAUGUAUAUACAUAUAUGUAUGUAUGCUCCUACAAUAUAAAAAAAUUAUUUUUUGAGAUCAUAAUAUAAUUACAUCAUUUUCCCCUUCCUUUUCCUUCCUCCAUACCCUUUCAUGUAAGCCCCCUUUCUCUUUUUCAAAUUCAUGGUCUCUUUUUCUUUGUUGUUACGUAUAUAUGCGUGUAACAUAUAUAUGUGUGUGUGUAUAUAAAUACAUAUAUACCCUUAUACACACAUAAAUACAAUCUGCUCAGUCUGAAUAAUGUUAUUUGUAUGUUUUCAGGGCUGACCAUUUGGCACUGAAUAACCAACUGGUAUGCUCUUCCUUGGGUAGACUAUUUCUUCAGAUCUCAGCACUCCUUAGUUGCCUGUGGUUCUUUGUCUAGGCUUGAGGCCUCAUGAGAGUUCCUUCUUCUCUGAUAGCAUGUCUAUUAAUGUUGUCUUUGUUCAGCUCAUGUUUAGACCGGCAUGUUGGUGGGACUUCGUGGGUAUAGCUUCUGGGUACCAGGCUUUCUUUUUUGGGCCACCAACCAGCUCCCAAAUCAUGACAUGGAGACUCCUUAUUAGUUAUGAAUGCUUGACCUAGCUUAGGCUCAUUUCUAGCUACUUCUUUAACUUAACCUGUUUCUCGUUAUCUACUUUGCCUCGGGGCUUUUUACCUUUCUUCCUUCUGAAUAGCUAGCUUAUUUUCACUGCUUCUCGUGUCUGGCUGGUGGCUGCCCGGCUUCUGGCCCUGGGUGUGUCCUUCUCUUUCCCCCUCCUUCUCUUCUCUGAUUUAGACUCCUCCUCCUAUUUAUUCUCUCUGCUCACCAGCCCCACCCAUCCCUCUCCUGCCUAGCUAUUGUCUGUUCAACUUUUUAUUAGACCAAUCAGGUGCCUUAGGCAGGCAAGGUGAAACAAAUGCAACACAUCUUUACAUAGUUAAACAAAUGCAGCACAAACAAUUGUAACACAUCCUUACAUCAUUAAAGUAAUAUUCAGCAGCUUGAACAAAUGUAACACAUCUUUGCCCAGUUAAAAUAAUAUUCCACAACACUUCUGACAUUUGUUUGUUUGUUUUGGAGACAGGGUUUCUCUGUGUAACAGCUCUGGUUGUCCUACAACUCUCUUUGUAGACCAGGCUGGCCUCGAACUCACAGAGCUCUCUCCACCUGCCUCUGUCUCCUGAGAGCUAGGGUUAAAGGCGUGUUCCACCACCAUCCAGCCCAGCUUCUGACAUUUCUAGGAGACACAAUCUCACAGCAAAACCCCAGCUCCUGUGCCCCCCUCUUCCACAAUGGUCCCUAAGCCUUAGGUAUAGGAACUGUAUUGUAGAUGUACCAGCUGGGACUGGGCUCUUUAACUCUGCAUUUUGAUUGGAUGUAGUUUUCUGUAAUGGUCUCUGUCUGUUACAAAGAGAAGUUUCCUUCCGAGGGGUGAGAACUACAGUUAUCUGUGGGUGUAAGGACAAAUAUUUAGAGUAUAGUUAGGGAUUAUGCUGGUUUAGUAAAUUGGUGGUUGUAGGUUCUCCUCCAAGAUCCAUAACUUCCCUAGCCCUAGGUAGUUGACAAGAUUUCCAGUGCCAGGCAUGGUUUCCCAGUUGUUAAGUGGGUCUUAAGUCUUAUUAGAGAGCUUCUGGUUACCACCAAGAUAUGCAUGCCUCUAUUUCACCUUAGAGUUAUGGUGCCACGUCAGUCAUUGAUGUGGCUCAUAGGCAGCAUUGGUUGCUUCUCUCCUUUGGAAGCUUUUCGUGGCACCUCUGGUACCACAAAAGCUAGUCCUGAGGGAGGAGGCUUUCAGGUGAAUCUGAGCCCUGUGUCUGAAGUGUAUUAUGUCUUCAGUAAUAGGGACUUAGCUUCUACCUUUGGGGGGCAACUGAGGACAAUAGCAAUAGCCUAUAAUGUUUUGGGAGUCUCUUGGACAACCCUGACCAACAACUAACAAGAGGGCUGCUCAUACCCAGUGUUGUGAUGAUCUGUGUCUCUCCAAGGGAGCACUCUCAGCCCAGACGGGAAAAUCGCACUUCAACUCGAUAUGUCUGUCUAUAUACUGACUUACAUGAAUUAUAGGGAUUUUUAGGUAGAUAGUUAAAAGUUUAAUUACUGCUGGGCAUGGUGGUGCACGCCUUUAAUUCCAGCACUCGGGAGGCAGAGGCAGGCUGAUCUCUGUGAGUUCAAGGCCAGCCUGAUCUACAGAGUGAGAAUCCAGGACAGCCAGAGAUACACAGAGAAACCUUGUCUUGAAGCCGCCCCCACCCCCCAAAAAAAAGACAAUAGAGGAUGAUUCCUUAUGACUUUUCCAGAAUCCUACUGCUAUUUUAUCAUCCUUCCUCCUUUAGUAUUUAUCUCCCCCAUUCCUAGUCAGAGCCCCUCAUUUUCCCCAUUUCCUCCUUCAGAUCACCUGUGCCCUGCUAGUCCCCUCUCCUUUUCUUGAAUUGUUGAUGAGUGUGUAUGUUCCUACAAUGAAAGUUUUAAAAUUUAUUUUAUGUGUAGUGGUGUUGGCCUGAAUGUAUGUACCACAUGCAUACAGUAGAAGAAGAGGGUAUGUAAUCCUUUGGAACUGGCUUUACACAAGGCUGUGAACCAUCAUGUGGGUGCUGGGAAUUAAACCUAGGUUCCCUGGAAGAGCAGCCAUUUCUCUUAACUGCUGAGCCAGCUCUCCAGCCCUCUUGCAAUCUUAUGUGGGAUCCCCACUCUCUUUCAUCAGGAAAUGGCCCAAGAAGGGUGAGGUUACUUGGUCAAGGCCACGCAGCCAGUAGAUGAAAAGUCAGUGGUCUCUGAAGCAACAUCAGGCCAUCUGACUUGCAGUCAGAGCAAGGCCAUUCAUGGGCAGGGGUAUUUCCUGAUGAUUAUAGCAUUUUGAAAAGUGAUAAAUUCUUUCUAAAGGCUUGAGCCACCUAAAUAGCACUUCUGUGAUUUCAUUAUUUUUAAGUUUUUAUUGUUGUUUCUUUUUGAGAUGGAGUCUCACAAUAUAUCCUUGGCUGGCCUGAAACUUGCUAUGUAGAUUAUUCUGGUCUUGAAUUCAUAGAGAUCCAUCUGCCUCUUCCUCCUAGAAUGAUGGAAUUAAAGUUGUACGCCUGUCUCUACGGGUUGUAAUUUUCAAAGGUGGUGGCAUUUUGUAAUGAUAAAUGAAGGGGGAAAGGAAAGGAUGCUGAUAUUAUUUUAUUUUUUCAUUGUGUAUAUGUGUGUAAUGUGCAUGUGUGUGCAGGUAUGUUUGACCAUACAGAUGUAUAUAGAAGCCAAAAGUCAACACUGAGUGUCUUCCUUAACCACUCCUCCACCUUAUUUCUUGAAACAGGGUCUCUCACUGAACUUGGAGAUGGCUGGUGCUGUUAGACUAGCUGGCCAACAAGCCCUGGGAUCUGUGCCCCCCAGCACUGAGGUUAUAGAUGUACAGUGCCACGCCUGGCUGUUAUCUAUGAACUUGCCAAAUGAGGACCAGUGGGACGAAACCACCUGUGGCUCGGCAGUUUGUCAGCAUCCACAAUGCUGGACAUCUCUCCGACGGAUCGAGAGGGGCCAUCCUAGGAUCCUGGACUCAUCCAGCAAAUCUUCCCGCGAAGUUGAAGAUAAACUCCCGACACUCACCAUUGUAAAUAUCACGGAUACCUGCUUGUGGUCCAAGCAGAGGGUGGUUCAGCGACCACGAUCAGAAUUUACCUUCCCUAAGGAGCGGUCUUUACUGUGGAAACCAACCUGCAGACGUCAUGGCAGGUCUCCGAAGGCUUUACGUGACAAGGGUGUACCUGGCCUUUCUAGUCCUCCCACACUUUCAGUGUUGAAUCUGAAUGAGGCAAAACUUCCUUUUUCCGAAGAUGUUGGAAACUUGGUGGUAACCUGGGUUCCAGAAGAAACAGAGAAGAACAUAAGCUGGCCUGGGAAGAAGAGAAAGAAACCGAGAGAGAAAACCAAGCCAUCUCUGUAUUUCUCUGGAAGACAGUAUGCAUCGACGUACUCGAGAAGUCCAGGGGUGAUUGUCCCUCCUCCCUCUCCAGUGCACUUUUUUGACCCAUUAAGUUCCCAAGUCAUACCUCUAUGGGCCCAGGUCGACAUGCUUCCCCAGGAUCUACUGAAGGAGUGCUUUUUGGCACAUGAGAAGACCAUGACUAGUCCUGAGGUGAAGACAGAGUUGGCCAAGAUGAGAAAGAAUCUUCCCCCAGAAAAGAGCCGACCAGUCAGCGCUGUCUCCUCUAAGAUGUAUCUAACUAUACACCGCAUCACCCUGCAAAGACCAUCGUUGCGGUACCCUGAACAUCUGAGGAAGCUGCAGUACAACCUGAAGAGAAGGGAAGGAUCUCCCGGGCCUGACUCUUCAGGUUUCAGGAAGCAGCAGCAGAGGAAGAUGAAAACCUCUACUACGAGACAGGAGGCUAAGAAGAAAGCCCAGAUUGAUGUUGAGGUCCAGCGCAGUAUGAGUCAGAUAAUCCCAUCAGUAGAGGAAGAUGAGCAAAAGCUGGAGGAGCAGGAAGAGGAGGCGACAAAAGCCUUUGUGAAACAUGCUUCCGUAGAGGAAACAUCGGAUUAUGACCUCAGCAGCUACUACACAGACUACUCUUCCUUUCCAGAGAGCCCUGUUCUAUAUGAGCCGGUUUACGAAGACAUUGGUGACGUGGAUGAGACUAUGGUGGGAAUGAUGACUUCCAGCCAAAACACUAGCCCCAGGAGUGUGUCUGGAAGUAUGGACAAAGGCAGCUGGAACCCUGACCUCAAACUGCUGAGGAUUCUUCAGGCCCAUGUUGAGGAAGAUGAGGAGAACCAUCUUUCUAGGGCACAGAGUGAGGCAUCUCUGGAUGCUUAGGCUGGAGACGUCACAUGGGGCAGCCUUAGCUGGAACAGUUCUUGGUAUUUUGAGGACAACAACCUUGGACGUAGGAUAGAGAAGAGACUUGUUCUCUGGAUUCCUUCAGCAGGACCAGGACUCAGAGACCCUGCUUUCUUCAUUUGCUUCUUACCUCCAAAAUGAGUGAGAAAAAAGCCCUAAACCUGCUCAAUAUGGGAAAUUUUUCCAGGGCAGAGUAUUUCCACGAUUAAACACAAUCCCUUCUAUCGAAAGACUUGUGCUCUAUUUCCAGGAAGGGAGGAGGUAGUGCUUCCUUGUGUCUGUUUUCUGGGUCCCCUUUAUUUCUCUUCUGAAAUCUUUGUAGUGAUGGGAAGCUGGAUUCAGCUAUGGGAAGGAACCUCUAUAAUAUCCCUAAAUGCUCCUCUCCUUCCCUGGAGAUGGCUUCAUUUGGUGAUGGGGCCUGCGCCGUUAUCAGGUGGUGGUCACUGUAUGGUACUCCCUCCUUAAAGUUUAUCUUAUCUACAGAUAGUUCAGUGUGGAUCUCUAAAAGAAAAGUGUGAAACAUCUAAAAAUUAUCUCAUUCCACAGAAUUCAUAUUGAUUGCUUGAGUCCACAUAUCCAAGCAUAUUCAAAUUUCCAUGUCUUACUAAGUUUUUUAACAGUUGACAUAUUCAUAUUAGAAUUCAAACAAGCUCCAUAAGUUGCAUUUUCUCACUAUGCUCUAGUCUCUUUUAAUUUGUGCACCCUCCUCCCUUUUCUUUCUCUUUUCCUAGAAUUUAUUCCAACUCAGAAGAGCUUGCUUUCUAGUUUCUAAGAAAUCUAGUCUUCAGGGAAAUUUCAAUGUUUUACAAAGACCCAGAAUUCCAAAGUCUCAGGAGACUUCUAACUUGGUUUUUGGAUGGAUUUUUUUCCAUUGUGUUUAGUCCUUAAAAAAACCUUUACUAUUAAAAAACCUCCUGAAAUAUUUUAACCUGUAAAAUUUGAAAAUUGUAUAAAAAUACAAUACAAUACAAUACAAUACAAUAUAAUAUAGCAAAACUCUAAGUUCCCACUACCUGGGAUAUUGUUAAGAAAGGCCCUUGGUUGGGUUGAACCACAUACUUUAGAAAGACCUACUGUUGUUUUGUUUUGUUUUUCUAGCUAAUGUUAUUUCUCAUGGAAGGAGAAGUCUAUAAGGUCAAUGACAAGCAUACCUUCUUUUAAAAUGUAAUUCUUAAAAUUCUUAGAGAACUUCAUAAUGCAUACCAUGUAUUUUAGUCAUAUUAACCCCUCCAUCCCCCAAGCAUACCUUUUUGAAGUCUCGUUUCUUUUGUAUUUGACCACUGGUGUCUGGAACCCUAGAAUUCGCUGUCUAAAUGGUCUCAUGCUUGCUUCCAUGGCCUCUGCAAGGCGCUUUUCUGAGCCCACCAUCUAUGUGUGUACUGCUGGGUUUGAGGUGGCUAAGAGAGGCUGGUUAGAGGGCAUGCAGCCAGAGCUUGGGCAUGGGGAUUGGGGCAUCUGCAGGUGUCACCAGUCAGAAUGGGAGCUAGAGACGUGAAGGACGGACCCCGCAUGGACUUAGGCUGGUUCUUCUAUUGCACUGGAUGACAGAGGUGGCAUCUCAGGAAGUGGGAGGCUUGACUGAGGAUGGACUUUUAGUUCAUGAGAAUAGACUGGAGUCUUAGUUGCUUUUCUAUUGUUGUGAUAAGACACAAUGACCAAGGCAAUUUAUAAAACGAAGUGUUUAAUUUGCUCUCACAGUUUCAGGGGCUUAGAGUCCAUGAUGAUGGAUCAAAGUCACGGCAGAAAGAACCACUAUGAGCUUAUAUCUUGAUCUGGGAGUAUGAGGCAGAGAGGGAGAAAGCACUGGGCAUCGUGCAAGUCCUUGGAAGCCUCGAAGCCAGUCCCCAGUGACACACCUCCUCCAUCCAGGCCAUACCUCCUAAUCAUUCCCAAACAGUUCCACCAACUGAGGACCAAAUAUUCAGAUGUAUGGGCCCAUGGGGCCAUUCUCAGUCAAACACCACAACUGAUCAAGUAGGAGGGGAGUAUGUGGUAUCUUGACUUAUAAUUCUUACAUGCUCAAACAAACUUAGUAGAACGGGUUUUGUACUCUUCUCCUGGAUCCUGAGGUAGUUAGGAUUGCGGGCAGGUGAGAUGGCUCGGUGUUGAAAGUACUCGCAGUGCAAGACUGAAGACCCACACUCGUUCCUCCAGUCCCACAGUGGAAGGACAGAACUGACUUCUGAAGGUUGUCCUUUGGCUUCCCUGUGUAUGACAUGGCUCAUACCUGCCUGCACUCAUACCUACAAACCACAAAUACACAAUAAAUUAAAUAAAAUUUAAGAAAAAGUUGGGUAAUGCUGUGGGAUGUUCUGUAUGCUGUGAAUAUGUGUUGCUCUGAUCGGUUGAUAAGUAAAGCUGUUUGGCCAAUGGUGAGGCAGAACAAGGUUAGGCGGGACAUUCUAACUAGAGAGAGAGGAAGGAGAAGGACAGAGCAGAGGACGCUGCUAGCCACUGCCAGAAGAAGCAAGGUGUAAAGGUACCGGUAAGCUGCUAUGGAACGUCAUUCUGUAUGCUGUGAAUGUGUAUUGCUCUGAUUGGUUGAUAAAUAAAACGCUGAUUGACCAGUAGCCAGACAGGAAGUAUAGGUGGGAUAAGCAGACAAGGAGAAUUCUGGGAAGAGGAAGGCUGAGUCAGAGAUACCAGCUUGGCUGUCCAGGGAGAAGCAUGUAAUGGCACACAGGUAAAGCCACAGAACACGUGGCGACAUAUAGAUUAACAGAAAUGGGCUGAGUUUAAGUGUAAGAGCUAGCCAGUAGGAAGCCUGAGCUAAUGGCCGAGCAGUUUUAAUUAAUGUAAGCCUCUGUGUGUUUAAUUGGGUCUGAGCGGCUGCGGACUGGGCGGGACACAGGAAAACUUUCAGCUACAGGGUAAGAUUGUGCAUGUCUUGUGCAGACAGCCUCAACUGCUGUGAAGUCAUGAGCUGUCUGACAUAGGAGCUGGGAACUGAACUGGAGUCUUCCCCAAGAGCAGUAUGCACCCUUAACCACUGAGCCAUCUCGCCAGCCCCUUAGUGUCCUUUGUCUAACUAUACCGUCUAGUAUAGUGUUGACGGAGUGGUGAAAACAGACAUCCUUGUCUUACUAUUGAUCUUAGGAGAAAAAAGAUACUUUUACCACAAAGUAUGUUGUUAGCUGUGGGUCUUUUAAUAGAAGUCUUUAUUAGAUUAUUUUUUCUACUACCCUUAACUUGUUGAGAAUUGUUUUGUUCUUUAACUGUGAAAAGAUAUUGGAGUUUGUAAUUUUGUUGUUUUUCUAUUGUAAGGAGUAUAUAUUUUUGUUUUUUUUAUUCUAUUAAUAUAGUAUAGAUUUUUUUUUUGGCUGUUAAACCAACCUGCAUUCCUGGGAUAAUGCCACUUGACUGUGGUGUAUGGCUAUUUUUAUAUGUCUUUGGAUUCAAUUUGCUAGCUUAUUUUUAAGAUAGGAUCUCACUGUGUACUUGGGUUGGUGUAUCAAUUAUUAUGUAGCUGAGGCUGGUCUCAAACUUACACUCCUCCUGCCUCUGCCUCCUGAGCAGCUGGAUUACAGGCUUCAGCCACCAUGCUCUCUAGCCCUAAUGGCUGUAACUUGGUUGUGAUGUCCCUAGUUUGGGUAUUAAAGACUCAUAAGUUGGGAAGUUUAUGUAUUUAUUUGUUGAUAUUCUUUGUCUUUUUGGGAGAGUUGGUGAAAUAUUUAAUUCUUUAACUUUUGGUAGAAUGUGCCCAUGAAGCAAUAUGGGCUAGGCUUUUCUUUUGGGGUAGUUUUUUUGUUUUUUAAUUAUAAACUCAACCCAUUGUUAUAAGUCUUUAGAAUACCUAUUUAUUUAUUUUUUAUUUAUAUUUUAUGUGUUUGGGAGUUUUAUCUGCGUGUAUGUCUGUGCACUACGUGCAUGCCUGGUGCCUUUGGAGGCCCCAGAACUGGAGUUCCAGAUAGUUGUGAGCUGCCAUGUGGGUGUUGGGAAUUGAACCCAGGUCCUCUGAAAGAGCAGCCAGUGCUCUUAACUGCCUAGCCAUCAUUCCAGCUCUGUUUCUUCUUUAGUCUGUUUUUGUAGUUUCUAAAUAUUUGUCGCUAUUUCAUCUAAACUAUCAUUUCUUAGCAUACUGUUAUAUGUUAUUUCUUUGUAAUCACUUUUUGUGUGUGUGUGUGGGUUCAAGACAGGAUUUCUUUGUGUAGCCCUGCCUGUCCUAGAACUCACUGUGUAGACAAGGCUGGUCUGAACUCACAGAAAUCCACAUGCCUCUGCCUCCCAAGUGUGGGGAUUAAAGGCAUUCGCCACCACUGCCAGGAUGUAUAUAUAUGUUAUUUCUUAUGAUCCCUUUUAUUUCUGAAGGUUGGCAGUAAUGUGUCCCCGUUCUUCCUAUGCCUGGCUCUCUUUCCGUAGCCUAGCCUGGCUCUUAACUUACUGUGAGCUGAAGAUGACUUUGAAGUCCUGAUCCUCUGCCUCUCCCUCCUGAGAGCUCCGAGUAUAGUCAUUUGCUUCCUGGCUCGUGUCCCCUAUCAUUCCUGAUUAGUAGAAUCAGAACUAAGUCUUCCUUUUUUCUUUUGUUUAUUUGUUUGUUUUGUUGAUUAGCUAAUGAUCUGUCAGCAUUAUUUAAAUUUUCGAAGAGCAAACUUUGGUUUUCUUUGUUUAUUCCAUUAAAAACAUUCUCUAUGGUUUCCAA